UCUACCAAAAAGAAGAACUAUGGAUCAUGAAACCAGCCGCAGCUGUCUCUGCUGCUGAACCCCAGAAGCCAAUAUGACCUGCAUUUGAUCAGCUGCCAUGCUAAAACGGAUCAUUAUGGAGGAAGAGCUGAAUUAUGUAACGGUGACUUUCAAGGAGAAACCAAAUGACCUGGAAAUAAUCUAUGAUGAGGUGAAGACUGAGCAGUUGUGGGAUAAAGAUCCUGUCAUACAAGAAAGUGAAAAGAAAGCUCCACUCUGUACUCUGCUUCCUCUGGUGGCAGCAGGUUUGGGGGUUGUUUGUGUCAUCCUGGUGUCAGUCAUUAUCGCCCUCACUAUCCACUUGAAAACAGUCAUGUCAGAGCACAACAGAGACAACAUGACUUUAACAGCGCGGAAUCUGCUGCUGACGAAGAAGAAGACAGACUUAGAGCGACAGACAGACGAGCUGACCAGAGAGAGAGACGGACUCAACUGGACCAUCAGAGUCAUCCUGGAACAUGAGAACUUUCCAGUGAAUACCUACUGUCCACAGAAAGUGUGUAGACCUUGUCUGGAUGGCUGGGUACCUUUCCAAUCAAGCUGUUACCUGUUUUCAAAAGAUAAAUAUUCUUAUUAUUGGAAUACUUGGAAGGAAAGUCAAGCAUCCUGCAAACAAACCGUGGCAGAUCUGGUGGUGAUUGACAGCCAGGAGGAACAGGAAUUCAUCAGUAAUCAUACUGAAGAGUAUCAUGAUGAAAAGCAUGGCUACUGGAUUGGCUUGAGAAAGAAUGAGAUGGACACGUGGAUGUGGGUAGAUGGAAGCAACGUCACCGUGAUGUACUGGACAGCUCAGGAACCUGGCCCCAGAAUGCCUUGUGUUCUAAGUUUGCCACGUGAAGAUCCUAUGUCCAACUGGCAGACAGCGGGCUGCAGCAUGAAAAACCGCUAUAUCUGUGAAAGAAGAGCCUUGAUCAAAGCGGAUUAGGAAUCAGUCUCAUUUCAUCAACCAGAGAAAAAUGAAGACUCAACAAUUUAUUCUACAGUAAAAUCUAAAGGGCCUCCAACUACUGUACCAACAGAUGGUGAAGCAGCCGCACACUCUCACCACUCCUGCCUGUUGGUGGUGUGUUUGGUUAUACUUGGUGUCCUCCUGGUGACGAGCAUCAGUGCUAUCAUCUGCAUCAGUAUGGUGAUGAAAGAACAGAAAGCAAACUACAAAGCAAACCUCAUCAACCUCACGACAGAAUAUCAGCAGCUGAUGAUGGAGAACAGCGUCUUAGAGAAUAUGACAGAGCAGCUGAGCAGAGACAGAGAUGAUCUCAACUGGACGCUCAGUCUCAUCCUGAAAUUUAACACCUUUCCAGUAAAUGAAUACUGCCCUGAGAAAAAGUGUCAACCGUGUCAGAAAGGCUGGAUUCUAUUCCAGGAAAAGUGCUAUCUGUUUUACACGAAAUAUCCUUGGUUGAAAUGGCAAGAAAGCCAAAAGUAUUGCCAAAAGACAGCAGCACAUCUGGUUGUUAUUGAUAAUCUACAAGAACAGGAAUUCAUCGCUAAUCACAGCAAGUACUACUACGACAGAUAUCAUGGAUACUGGAUCGGAUUACAUCAAACUUCUGAUACAGACUGGCUCUGGGUUGAUGGACGCAAUGACACUCUGGGGUACUGGAUGAAGGAUUACCUUGGUGACAAUGGUCCAUGUGCACUGAUGAUCCCUGGGAAAAACCCAACAGCCAGCUGGGACCCAGCACACUGCGCAAUGUACAACAAAUUCAUCUGUGAGAGUGAAGUCCUGACGAGGUCCAAUUAGUUAACUAGUAAUAUUUGUUUGCUUAGUGUAUUCCUACUCUACAUGUUGCCUGCAAAUUACAUUUCCAAAAUUGUAUCACCAGUUCUUAAAAUGAGAAAUUUCAAACAUAUAAUCUCCACAUGAGAUGAGGACUCACAGCCCAGCUAGCACUCAUUUGUUGCAAUGGAGGUUAGAGAAUGUGUCAAUGUAAUUAUCUUUGAAUUAGAUAUCAAUUACCUUUACUGGGAAUAUACUUUCAUUAUACAGAUAUCGGACUAAAUAUAUUGGACUUCUACGCAUCCACAAACUGUUGCAACAAACGUCUGUUUCUGUGUUCGUCGUGUUGCAUGUUGUGCACUGAAAAGUGUUUUGCACAUUGUGACAUUAUAAGAUUUGUUAUAGACAAAAAAAAAUGUUGGUCUACUUUUAUACUCCUUUUUUGUAUCACUGAAUAAAAGUUAUUACUGGAUAUGAGCCUUAUCAUAUUCUUACCAUACAAGAUGGUGGUAUUGCAUUUCACAUGCACGCUGUCCCUAGGCUACCGUGCUUCACAUUAGGGUGGAAGCAGGCUGUGUGGGCAAAUGAUCUAAAAGUAAGAAUGGAACAUGCAAUAAGGUCAUUUCACAUUCAGAAACACUGCAUGCAUUUAAUACGUCAUUUGUGUCAAAUCUGUCAUGAGCUGUUGAACUGUUGACACACGAUGUUGUGGGUGAAAGAAAUUGGAAUUAAGUGCUAAAGAGAUUGUAAUUUUUCAUGGUUAGAGAUAACAAAU